AUGAGCAGACAAACACGCACUGCACUCAGAUUAUUAACAGUCAAGCAUAUUUUAUCUGGAAUUUGUUACAUUCUAUUAAUACUUAGUACAAUAGAAUCUGCACCUUCUAAGAAAAAACCACGGACUAAGAAGAAGAAUAGCAAUAGCAACAAUAAUAAGACAAAUGAGAACAAAUGCACCAACUCUGCUCUAAAAGAAGUAGAACUAAGAUAUCCUGAACCAAUACAUGACAUAAUGGGUUUAAUUAAGUAUAUAAGUCGGCAUAACAGCACGCGCAGAUCCCAGAGAGAUCCUUACACCUCUUCUGGUUCUUAUAUACUAAAUCCACCAUCAAAGGUAAUUAUGAAAAUGCUUUCCUGUUGUGUGAAUAAGUCAUAUUUUUUUAUGAAUAAUAUGGACACAUCCGCAUCAAUUAUAGUAAACCAUGAUAAGUCUAAAACCAAACCGUACACAUGCUUUCAAGAUGAAAACGAUAAUAUAAUAGCAAAUUCUAUGUAUACAUCUAGCCAAUCCAUAGAUGAAAUUAAUGAACCCUUUCCAAUUACAAUUGAAGUUGAGAAGUCUUCAACAAGUAUGCUAAUGGGAGUUACUAAAAAUUUCAUUGUGAACACAAGUCAUGAUUAUUUAUGUAGAACCAGAUAUCCAGCACUGGAGACUUAUCUAAAAAUUCCUUCUGAGAAUAUUUGGGAUAAUUGUUUCAUAAUGUAUUCUGAGUAUGAAAAUGAAAAUGAAUUAGAUAAUAAAAUAGAAAAGAAAAAAGAGGAUAGUCAAAGUGAAACAAACGAUUCUACUAAUUUUAUAGACAAACUUCCCAAGAUUUUGAUGGUAUGUUCUUUCAACUGCAUGAGUAACGGAAGAGUAUUUCGGCAUUCUAUAAAAUUUGACAUAAAUAAUGAAUUGUUUGGUGUAUUAGCCUCCGUUCUUGCUGGCGAUUCUGUUGCCCCCACCUAUAUUCUAGAUGAUGUAUAUACACUGCAGUAUAAUUCUGCAUAUGAUAUAUACAAUGACGAUGUAAAUGUAAAAUGUCUUAUAAAUGACUUUUCAUUGAUAAAUAACAUCGGGCGUAAAUUAUACGAAGAGUUAAAACCACCACUGGAAACAGCAAAAAUAUCAACUAUUUUGAAAUUUCGGUCUAUGUUCUAUGCAUCUACACCCUUAAAGGACAAUGAUAUGCGGCUGAAGGAAAUUCAAAAUGCUUUAUUUGACGAAACAAGUAUGACGGCUCUGAUUAUUUACAACUUAAACCUAGCUACAUCUUACUUUCUAAAUUACUCAAAAGAUCCAAGUUUGAAUGGAAGUUGUGUCUUUGAUAAGAAUGAUACUCUAAGACCAAAGAAAUUAACUGAAGUUAUAACACAACCUAGUUCCAUGAAGUCUAAUUAUACAAUGGGAAGCUUGAAAUUCACAGACCCAGAAAUCAACUCUUCAGUUGAAGUUGAUAUUUCGAUUACUAAUAUUUCUAUUAAAGUAGAAAAAUCUAGAAGGGUUAUCAAUCAUAUUAAUCAUGCUGGUAUUUACAUACUUUUCAAUGAUCCUAAUGAUCCAGACAUUCUUUAUGUUAAACAUAUAGUCCAAGGUAAAGAAAAUAUUUUUGCCACUAUAAUUAAGCUACAUAGAAAUGAUCCACUAACUUCCAAGCUUCUGUCUACUUUAGUAAAUUUGCCAGGAAAAAAAGGCGACAAAAAUUCAGUGAAAACUCAAGAAGAUUUAGCUUUUUAUGUAGGCAAAUUAAAGAGUGAGUAUGAAUAUAAACACUUAAUCACCUCCUGCAGCCUGGAUAUAGCUAAUGGUUGUGCACCCGAACCGGUAAUAAAAUUGAUAGUGGAGCACUGGAAGUCACCAUCCAAUUCCACUUAUGGUAAAAACCCCACUAAUAAUAAGUAUCAAACUAUGUCUGAUAAAUAUUUCCCGAAUCCACAUGACCGUGUGUUGGAUGAAUAUAAAUUUAUACUGAAGAUGUGUUCCAAAUUGAAAUUAUUAGAAGAUAUAAGAUUCCAAAAUAUAUAUAUCAGAAAAAUCAUAGACAAAAAUUUUAAGAAUAUAUGCGAGUUAUAUAGUGCUGAAAAAGAAAAGAAAGACAGUGAAAGAAAAAAAAUAGCUGCUAAAAGAAAAGAAGAAACAACUGAAGAUUUAGAAAACAAUCAAACAAUUGAAAAUCCAUCUAAGGAGAAUCAAUUGGUUUUGAAUUAGUUUAUCAAAUCGCAUCCUAUAACCCGAA